UUUUACCAGUACUGGCACACACUAGUUUUUAAGGCUGGAGGUUCUCGAGCGCUUGCUGCCCAGGACUCCCCCUCCCCCCCCUCCCCUGAUGGAGUCGGAGAUGCUGCAGUCGCCUCUUCUCGGACUCGGGGAGGAAGAUGAGGCCGACCUUACAGAUUGGAACCUGCCUUUGGCUUUUAUGAAAAAAAGACACUGCGAGAAGAUUGAAGGCUCCAAGUCCCUAGCGCAGAGCUGGAGGAUGAAGGACCGGAUGAAGACAGUCAGCGUGGCCUUGGUCCUGUGCCUGAAUGUGGGUGUGGAUCCUCCAGAUGUGGUGAAGACCACACCCUGUGCCCGGCUGGAGUGCUGGAUCGAUCCUCUGUCCAUGGGUCCUCAGAAAGCUCUGGAAACCAUCGGAGCGAGCCUGCAGAAGCAGUAUGAGAACUGGCAGCCAAGGGCUCGGUACAAGCAGAGCCUCGACCCCACUGUGGAUGAAGUCAAGAAGCUUUGUACAUCUCUGCGCCGGAACGCCAAGGAGGAGCGGGUCCUCUUCCACUAUAAUGGCCACGGGGUGCCCAGGCCUACAGUGAAUGGAGAGGUCUGGGUCUUCAACAAGAACUACACGCAGUACAUCCCUCUGUCCAUAUACGACCUGCAGACGUGGAUGGGCAGCCCGUCCAUCUUUGUCUACGACUGCUCCAAUGCCGGCCUCAUCGUGAAGUCCUUCAAGCAGUUUGCACUGCAGAGGGAGCAGGAACUAGAGGUAGCUGCGAUUAAUCCAAACCAUCCGCUUGCCCAGAUGCCCUUGCCUCCGUCGAUGAAAAACUGCAUCCAGCUGGCAGCCUGUGAGGCACACGAGCUCCUGCCCAUGAUCCCUGACCUCCCAGCCGACCUGUUCACAUCCUGCCUCACCACUCCCAUCAAGAUUGCCCUGCGCUGGUUUUGCAUGCAGAAGUGUGUUAGUCUGGUGCCUGGAGUCACACUGGAUUUGAUAGAAAAGAUUCCAGGCCGGCUGAAUGACCGGAGGACCCCCCUGGGUGAGCUGAACUGGAUCUUCACGGCCAUCACAGACACCAUCGCCUGGAAUGUGCUCCCUCGGGAUCUCUUCCAAAAGCUUUUCCGACAGGACCUGCUGGUGGCAAGUUUGUUUAGAAAUUUUUUAUUGGCGGAAAGAAUCAUGAGGUCGUACAACUGCACCCCAGUAAGCAGCCCACGACUCCCCCCAACAUACAUGCAUGCCAUGUGGCAGGCCUGGGACCUUGCUGUGGACAUUUGCCUCUCUCAGCUGCCAACCAUCAUUGAGGAGGGCACUGCCUUCAGGCACAGCCCAUUCUUUGCUGAGCAGCUGACGGCAUUCCAGGUGUGGCUCACAAUGGGUGUGGAGAACAGGAGCCCCCCGGAGCAGCUGCCCAUUGUCCUCCAGGUGCUGCUAAGCCAGGUGCACCGGCUGAGGGCCUUGGACUUGCUGGGACGCUUUUUGGACUUGGGUCCUUGGGCGGUGAGCUUGGCCCUGUCGGUGGGCAUCUUCCCCUACGUGCUGAAGCUGCUUCAGAGCUCCGCCCGAGAGCUGCGGCCGCUCCUUGUCUUCAUCUGGGCCAAAAUCCUCGCUGUGGACAGUUCGUGCCAGGCUGACCUCGUGAAGGACAACGGCCACAAGUACUUCCUUUCCGUCUUGGCAGACCCGUACAUGCCGGCUGAACAUAGGACCAUGACGGCCUUCAUUCUUGCUGUAAUUGUCAACAGCUAUACAACAGGACAAGAAGCCUGCCUGCAGGGGAACCUGAUUGCCAUCUGUCUGGAGCAGCUCAGUGACCCACACCCCUUGCUGCGCCAGUGGGUGGCCAUUUGCCUGGGAAGGAUCUGGCAGAAUUUCGAUUCCGCAAGGUGGUGUGGCGUGAGAGACAGUGCCCACGAAAAGCUCUACAGCCUCCUCUCCGACCCCAUCCCUGAGGUCCGAUGUGCAGCUGUGUUUGCCCUCGGCACCUUUGUGGGAAACUCUGCCGAGAGGACAGACCACUCUACCACCAUCGACCACAAUGUGGCCAUGAUGCUGGCCCAGCUGAUAAAUGAUGGGAGCCCCAUGGUCCGGAAGGAGCUGGUGGUGGCUCUGAGUCACCUCGUAGUUCAGUAUGAGAGCAAUUUCUGCACUGUGGCCCUGCAGUUCAUGGAAGAGGAAAAGAACUACCCCUUGCCUUCUCCGGCAGCCACAGAGGGAGGGAGCUUGACCCCAGUUCGAGACAGCCCUUGCACCCCCAGACUCCGUUCAGUGAGCUCCUAUGGGAACAUCCGAGCCGUCACCACAGCUAGGAACCUGAACAAAUCUUUGCAGAAUCUGAGCUUGACAGAAGAAUCGGGCAGCGCAGUGGCCUUCUCCCCUGGGAACCUCAGCACCAGCAGUAGUGCCAGCAGCACCCUGGGAAGCCCUGAGAACGAGGAGUACAUCCUGUCCUUCGAGACCAUCGACAAGAUGCGGCGUGUGAGCUCCUAUUCAGCCCUCAACUCCCUCAUUGGAGUUUCUUUUAAUAGUGUUUACACUCAGAUUUGGAGAGUCUUACUGCAUCUGGCCGCUGAUCCCUAUCCAGAUGUUUCUGAUUUGGCCAUGAAAGUCCUCAACAGCAUUGCUUACAAGGCCACAGUGAAUGCCCGGCCCCAGCGAAUCCUCGACACCUCCUCUCUCACCCAGUCAGCCCCAGCCAGCCCAACCAACAAGGGCAUGCACAUCCACCAAGUGGGAGGCUCCCCACCAGCUUCUAGCACCAGCAGCUGCAGCCUGACCAAUGAUGUGGCCAAGCAGACUGUCAGCCGUGACCUGCCCUCCAGCCGCCCGGGUACCGCAGGCCCCGCAGGAGCACAGUACACCCCUCACUCCCACCAGUUCCCUCGAACACGAAAGAUGUUUGACAAAGGCCCUGAUCAGACCACAGACGAUGCAGACGAUGCCGCUGCACACAAAAGCUUCAUCUGUGCCACGAUGCAGACUGGGUUCUGUGACUGGAGUGCCCGCUACUUCGCCCAGCCGGUCAUGAAGAUCCCUGAGGAGCAUGACCUAGAGAGUCAGAUCCGCAAGGAGCGGGAGUGGCGGUUCCUAAGGAACACUCGGGUCAGAAAGCAAGCGCAGCAGGUCAUCCAGAAGGGCAUCACCAGACUGGAUGACCAGAUAUUCCUGAACAGGAACCCCGGCGUCCCCUCCGUGGUCAAGUUCCAUCCCUUUACACCGUGCAUAGCUGUCGCUGACAAGGACAGCAUCUGCUUUUGGGACUGGGAGAAAGGAGAGAAGCUGGACUAUUUCCACAACGGCAACCCUCGGUACACCAGGGUCACCGCCAUGGAGUACCUGAACGGGCAGGACUGCUCCUUGCUGCUAACAGCCACAGAUGAUGGUGCCAUCAGAGUCUGGAAGAAUUUUGCUGACUUGGAAAAGAAUCCAGAGAUGGUGACUGCGUGGCAAGGGCUCUCAGACAUGCUGCCAACGACACGAGGAGCUGGGAUGGUCGUAGACUGGGAACAAGAAACUGGCCUCCUCAUGAGCUCAGGAGACGUGCGUAUCGUCCGCAUCUGGGACACUGACCGUGAGACGAAGGUGCAGGACAUCCCCACAGGUGCUGACAGCUGUGUGACAAGUCUAUCUUGUGAUUCCCACCGCUCACUCAUUGUGGCUGGCCUGGGUGAUGGAUCGAUUCGUGUCUACGACAGGAGGAUGGCACUCAGUGAAUGCCGAGUCAUGACUUACCGAGAACACACAGCAUGGGUGGUAAGGGCCUACCUGCAGAAGCACCCCGAGGGCCACAUCGUGAGUGUGAGUGUCAAUGGAGAUGUGCGCUUCUUCGAUCCUCGGAUGCCCGAGUCUGUAAAUGUAAUGCAGAUCGUGAAGGGGUUGACAGCCCUCGACAUCCACCCCCAGGCCAACCUCAUCGCCUGUGGCUCCGUGAACCAGUUCACAGCCGUCUACAGCGGAAACGGGGAGCUGAUCAACAACAUCAAAUACUACGAUGGCUUCAUGGGCCAGCGCGUCGGCGCCAUCAGCUGCUUGGCUUUCCACCCGCACUGGCCUCACCUGGCGGUAGGAAGCAACGACUACUACAUCUCUGUGUAUUCGGUGGAGAAGCGUGUGAGAUAGCAGCUCCUCGGACUCCUGCCAGGCUGCAGCCAGCCUCUGCUGUACAUAGUGAACCAAACUGCUCAGGACGCAGUGCCCACCUACCUGCCCACCCUGCCAACCUCGGCUCCUGACUUGGCCAUGGCCAACUGAGGAGGGGGCUUGCACGUCUCUUUCUGUCUUCACUGUAAUGUACAAGUCCAGAGCAGGGGAGGUCUGACGCUGCUCCCCGUGGAGAACCAGCACCCAGGCACCAGGGCCUCUCAGUGCUCCACGGUCCUUCCUGCCCUGCUGUCUUCUGAGGCUUUACAAAGGGACACAUUUGGUUUUUCCAUGUGAUCAACGCAUUAGUUGCAAAACACACAGAACCCUGUAGAAAAGCUGUGGUGAGGCUCCUGCGGGCUGUGGCCAAGCCCCACUGUCCU